CCCAUCAACAUGGUGCGUUCAAAGAAGUUCAGAGGCGUUAGGCAGCGUCAUUGGGGCUCCUGGGUCUCCGAAAUACGCCACCCUUUGCUGAAGAGAAGGAUAUGGCUAGGCACAUUUGAGACAGCCGAAGAGGCAGCUCGAGCGUACGACCAAGCCGCCAUUUUGAUGAGCGGCCGCAACGCCAAAACCAACUUCCCGAUAACUCAAACGCCGGCUGGGGAGCCGAUGAGGAGCGAGGAUCCGCCGCCGUCGCCGCCAAAGGAUUUGUCGGAAAUCCUGCAUGCAAAGCUUCGGAAAUGUAGCAAGGCGCCAUCGCCGUCCAUGACUUGUCUUAGGCUCGACACCGAGAGCUCUCGUAUCGGCGUGUGGCAGAAACGUGCCGGUCAACACUCUGACUCGAAUUGGAUCAUGACCGUUCAGCUGGGGAAUAAGAAUGCCGCUGUGGACGGUGCUGAUCAAAACAGUUCGUUGCCUUUGUCUUCCGACUCCCAGCCCGCGUUUACCGGGCUGGAACUCCGAGCAGAGAUGGAUGAAGAGGAGAGAAUCGCCCUGCAAAUGAUAGAGGAGCUCCUCAACGGGAAUUGUCCUAGCCCUUCAGGAGAGGAAAGCUUUUACCUCUAA